CGAAACGAAGCGGCGACGCUGUCUUUUGACAAAGUCCAACUAAAUACAUGUCCAUCUGUGUAUGUUAUAUAUCCAUCCAUGGUCUGUGAAUUAUUACCACACGGAGACACUUGCUGACCAUUCGUAUUUUGUAUUGCUGGCGAUUGCAAGCCCAUGAUAUUUUCGUCGGUCUGCCAAUGGUAUAACACUCAAAGUCAAACUCAAACCUACCACCACCCGUUGAAUGUUUCUCUCUUGGUGCGAGUGGUGGGUGAGGCGUCAAUUCCCUGGCACGCCCUCAAUUACCACCGACGAGCUUCAGGAUAUAUUAGACUCGUCCACCCCUCCCCAAGGGCCUCACGGUCAAUCCUUGUCUCACCAUCUAAUCCUGGAUGCUCGUGGCCCCGAGGAAUUUGCCGUCUCGCAUUUACCUGGGGCUAUUCGUGUGGAUUUUAACCUCGAACCCGCGGCUUUGGCCACAUUUUUAUUGAACCAAGCGCCCGAGGGUGCGUUCCAAGUCCAGUGUGUGUGCUAUUGCUCAGUGGGUUAUCGCUCGGCCAUCCUCACUCGCGCCAUCAACGACCCCGCCACAUUAACCUCGGAUCGAUUCCGAGCGCUCAACGUCCAAGGGAGUGUUUUCAAGUGGGCUGUUGAGGGGCGAGAUCUUCGCGAUUCUAACGACCAACCCGUCCCUUACGUCCACCCUUACAAUCGAACCUUUGGUCUUGCAGUGCCUCGCUCCUUGUGGCGUUGGACCCCGUAA